AAGGGGCCGCGCCGCCGUCGGUCGCUUUCGCACCGCAGAGGAGACAGUUCCGCCAUACAAAACACUCGGACACGCUUGAGUGGCCACGCUUUUUGUUCUCACGGGCCAUGUAGGAGGUCCAUGUGACCUCCCCAGUUCUUUCGGCCCACCUGAAGAAAAAGAAGAAGGAAAGAUGGCCAGCGACAAUGGCAGCACCUGGCAGUCCAAUGUCAAAGUUCAUAGGCCACUGUCGCUGUACGACAACAUUGUCCAGCAGCAAUCGCAGCCGGAGGCUAAUUCGGUGGCCGACCUGAGUGCGGCCGCGCUUCUCAAUGCGUCGUCCGAAGCGCCACCCUCGCAGGCCGUCAAUUUGGCCACCACAGUGCCAGUAAAUUUAGCCCGUAGUCCGUUGUCAGGAAGACACCAGCCCACCAGGGCGUCCAUCAGACAUAGCAGAAUGCUGGUCCUCAGCCAACAGAAUGGAAGAGUUCCUUUACGAUAUUUGCCCCCUGUGGUUCGAUGGCAUAAUCUGGCCGCCUUUCUAUCCACCUUCCUUGCCAUAAUGGGGGUGGCUGGAAUAAUUUUUGCGUUCCUGUUAGUACUUCAAGCACCAUUCCUUCUCUUCAGAGACCUUCCUUUUUGGAGUGGAACGCUGAAUUUGAUGGCUGGAAUGGCAGGGGUAAUUUUGGUGUGUUGGUGCCGUCGACUGACUCCGGGAGUGCCUGCCCCUGACUGGGUCUGCGAGGCUAGCCAGUCGUGCAUUGCCCUGUGUAUUUGCUUCAUGAUAAUAUCUUUCCUGGCAAGCGUUAGUGCACUCGUCUUCCACAUCCUGCGGCUCAUUUGGAUAUUUCAAGUUGAGUGCAUCCUGCGCCCAAUUUUUGGAUUCAGCAUUGCCUCAAACUCAUCGAUGCCUUUGAUGGACACAAAUUCCACCGAGCUAAUUGAACCUGCAGCUGUGGACAAUUGCGAGUGUGAAAGUGACGGAGUGCGGACAGGAUUGGGUUGUCCGGCACAGCGAGACCACCUUGUAGGUUUACUACUCGGCUCCUCUGCUGCGCACUUUGGAGCCGUGGUGGUGAUUUUGGGCUACCUGCUAAUUCACUGGCGCAGCAGACGCUACAACCAGAGUGUGUACUCGGCCGUCCAGAGACCUGUCCUGCAGCCUAUCACACCCACAGACUCUAAUAAUGGAUUCUGAAAACACUUGUUUUUGGUGAAGUUGCAAAAAAAUUUAAUUUUGAUAAUAUGUGUGCAGAUUUAUAGUCAUUAUAGCCAAAAGACUCCGCAUAGAUUGUGUUCAUAAUAAAACGUAUUUUUAUAAUCAUUAAACUAUAAAUAACAAAUAUUACUUGAAUUUAGAUUAAAAGAUAAAAACGUUUUUAUUAAAAGUUUCCAUCUGCUGUAAUUUUUUGGUCAUCAUUGAUUAAUGUAGGUGGUGAUAAAUUCUAAAUUCUAUUAUUUCUGAUAUAAUGCUGAAAGUUUGGACUUCAAUUAAUUCAAUGUUGUUUCAUUACCAAAUGAGUCGCCAGCAGCAAAUUCUGUUGAAAUUAAAUUGCAAUCAAAAGUGUAGGGGAGAUGAAAAUUUCGACGCGGAUAAAUAAACAUUUUUUCCAGCAUAAUU